AUGGGUAGAUAUUCUGUGAAAAGAUAUAAGACUAAAAGACGGACUCGUGAUCUUGACCAGAUCUAUGAUGAUUUAUCCAGUCAAGAAAAAAUCAGUAGUUUAUUAAACCAACCUUUAGAUGAAACUAAGCCUGGGUUGGGUCAACAUUAUUGUAUUCAUUGUGCAAAAUAUAUGGAAACUAGUAUAGCUUUAAAGACCCAUUUAAAAACUAAAGUUCACAAGAGACGUGUAAAGGCUUUGAAAGGGGUCCCAUAUGGACAAGAAGUAGCUGAUGCCGCCGCAGGGUAUAAUUUAAAUAAAUUUUUACAAAGAGUAGAGGCUAUUAACAAUGUUACGGGGCCUGAGAAAGAAAAGAAUGAAGGUUUGCUAGAGGGUCAUUUACAAGAAAAAUUGAAAGAUGCCACAGGGAAUGAGCCUACUUUGCCCAGUGUGAAUGAGUUGGAUAACAGUGUGUAA